CUGGCACGGCGCGGAGGUUUAGGUGCACUACGCCAACAAGUCCACGACGGACAGCGUGCCGCUGAAAGCACCCAUUGCGGGGUUGUGACGAAUAGACCCAGUUACCCUACAUCCAUUUCUCCAGCCGGGUUGCCUGAUUUAGAAAGGCAGGCGACGGGGAGGUGUUAUUUUCCCUCUGCACACUGCGUCUCGCGGUGGACCCGGGAAUGACGGUCACGGGCGCCUCGUCUCCACUGAGCUCGUGAAUGGAAAGCGCGUACAGCCCGGACCACUACCUCUCCAUCCAUACGAGACUCCGUGUUUUGUGAUUAGGCGUGUGGUCACCAGAACCGUUGCCGCUGGGACGCACACGUUUAGUGGAAGAUGGAAGCGUUCUUUGCUGAGGGUACCCGGGUGUGGGUGCGGCAGGCUGGGGAGAAAGAGCAGCUGGUCCCCUCUACGGUCAACUCCUGUGGAGACACCCUGGUCGUCACAACUGACUAUGGAGAGGUGUUGUACCUGCAGCAGGCGGAGGUCACCAGGGAGACGGUGUACCCCAUGCACCAGAGCAGCAUCGAUGGGGUAGAGGACAUGUCCACCCUGGCGGAGCUGCACGAGGCUGCCAUCAUGCUGAACCUGUACCAGCGCUACCAGAAGGACAACAUCUAUACCAACAUUGGCUCCAUCUUGGCGGCGGUGAACCCCUAUAAGCAGAUCGCGGGGCUCUACGACCCGUCUGCCGUGGAGCUCUACAGCCAGCACCACCUGGGGGAGCUGCCACCGCACAUUUUCGCCGUGGCCAACGAGUGCUAUCGCUGCCUGUGGAAGAGGCACGACAGCCAGUGUGUGCUGAUCAGUGGAGAGAGUGGUGCAGGUAAGACAGAGAGCACAAAGCUGCUGCUACAGUUCCUAUCGGUGAUGAGCCAGAACUCAGCAGGAACUCCCCCAUCAGAGCGAAGCACACGCGUGGAGCAGGCCAUCGUACAGAGCAGCCCCAUCAUGGAGGCGUUUGGGAAUGCCAAGACUGUGUACAACAACAACUCCAGCCGCUUCGGGAAGUUCAUCCAGCUGCACUUCUCCGAGAGUGGGAACAUCCACGGAGGAUGCAUCGUCGACUACCUGCUUGAAAAGAAUCGAGUGGUGAGGCAGAACCCAGGGGAGAGGAACUAUCACAUAUUCUAUGCACUUCUAGCUGGAGCUGACAAAACUCAAAAAGAGACGUACUUCUUGACGGAGCCUGUGGAGUCGUUCCACUACCUGAACCAGUCGGGCUGUAUGAAGGACAGGAGUCUGGACGAUAAGCAGCUGUUUGACAGUGUCUUGGAGGCUCUGAAGGUGCUGGAGUUCUCGGAGGAGGAGAGCAGAGACAUGUUCAAACUCCUGUCUGGAGUUCUGCAGCUGGGCAACGUAGAGUUCAUGACAGCAGGGGGCGCUCAGAUCACCACUAAACAAGUGGUCAGUAACGUGAGUGACCUGCUGGGUCUGGAUACCUUCCAGCUUUCUGAGGUUCUGACCCAAAGAUCCAUGAUCCUCAGGGGAGAGGAGAUUUGCUCCCCUCUCACUGUAGAACAGGCAAUAGAUUCACGUGACUCCGUUGCCAUGGCGCUGUACUCCCAGUGUUUCUCGUGGAUUAUCCUGAAGAUCAACCAGAAGAUCAAAGGCAAAGACAACUUCAAGUCUAUCGGCAUCCUCGACAUCUUCGGCUUCGAGAACUUUGAGGUGAAUCGCUUUGAACAGUUCAACAUCAACUACGCCAACGAGAAACUGCAGGAGUACUUCAACAAGCAUAUAUUCUCUCUGGAGCAGCUAGAAUAUAACAGGGAAGGUAUUCAGUGGGAGGCCAUAGAUUGGAUGGACAAUGCUGAAUGCUUGGACCUGAUUGAAAAGAAACUGGGCAUGCUGGCUUUGAUUAAUGAGGAGAGCCGCUUCCCCAAAGGCACAGACUUCACCCUGCUAGAGAAACUACACAGCAGACAUGCAACCAACCCUUACUAUGUGAAGCCCAGAGUCGCAGACUACCAGUUUGGCAUCAAGCACUAUGCAGGAGAGGUGUUGUAUGAUGCGAGAGGCAUCCUCGAGAAGAACAGGGACACUUUCAGAGAUGACAUCCUGAACAUGCUCAAAGACAGCAAGCUGGACUUCAUCUAUGACCUGUUUGAGCAAGUGGCCAGCAGGAACAGUGAGGAGACACUGAAGAUGGGCACCGCACGACGCAAGCCCACCGUCAGCUCCCAGUUCAGAGACUCCCUACAUUCUUUGAUGGCCACCCUGAGUAUCUCCAACCCCUUCUUUGUCCGCUGCAUCAAACCCAACAUGGAGAAGAACCCAAAUGUGUUCGACCCAGAUGUGGUUCUGAACCAGCUGAGGUACUCCGGUAUGCUGGAGACGGUCAAGAUCCGCCGUGCUGGAUUCCCCGUCAGACGCACCUUCAAGGACUUCUUCAACAGGUAUAAGAUCAUCCUGAAGAACAAAGCUACAGCCACUGCAGUCGGAGAUGAUAGGAAGAGGAGUACAGAUCUGCUGACGGUGUACGACAAAGUCAAGAAGGAGUGGCAGCUAGGAAAGACCAAGGUGUUUAUGAAGGAGUCUCUCGAACAGCGUCUUGAGAAGGAAAGAGAAGAGGUGCGCAGCAAAGCUGGACUGAUCAUCAGAGCUUACCUGCUCAGAUACAUCGCCAGGAAGUACUAUAGGAAGGCCAGAGCCAGCAUCAUCACCAUCCAGAAGAACCUGCGGGCCUGUCUGGGCCGACGCAGGUUCGCGAAGAAGCGCUCGGCUGCACUGGUCCUUCAGAGGCACCACCGCGGACAGCUGGCCAGAGCUAGGUGCCGCAAGCUGCGCGAGGAGAAGAGGAAGAUAGAGGAGGAGGAGAGGAAGAAGAGGGGGGAGGAGGAGAAGAAUACGGAAGGGGAGGGGCAAACACAGGAAGGUGUCAUCACCAGACAGGAAGGGGAGGAGAAGGAAGCUGGGACUCAGUCUAUGCGUCUCCUGGAGGAUCUCCAGAAAGUUAAAUCAGUGCGGCCCCUCUCCAUCCAGGAGGAGAACCGUCAGAUGGAGGAGAUCCUGCGUAUCGAGCUCGAGAUCGAGCGUCUGCAGAAGCAGCGGGAGGACGGCGUGUCACAGCUGUGCGAGAGCUCGCGCCAGGAGCUGAGGCUGCGCCGCGAUGCCGAGAUCCUGCGCAUGAAGAAGGAGACCUCACGCAAGGACCUCAUCAGCUUCCGUGGCGUCGAUGGCAGCGACAUGGCUUCCCUCGCCGAAACCAGCGAGUCCGGUCAGCCUCCAGCAGCUCCUUCUGCCCAGCCGGCACCAGGGACCCCCACCAAGGCUGAGAGCGCCAGCCCUGCCACCACCACUGGCACCAAGACCAAGACGUCCGAGGAGGAGGUGGACGAGGGUUUCCAUGCCGACGACGAGUGCAUCCCGCUGCCGGACAUCCCGCCUCCAGCCGAGGUGCCGCUGGACAAGGAGAUCCUGGCCACCGUCCCGCCGCCCCCAGCUCCGUUCGCGGAGGGCACGCUAGCGCCCUCUGGUGGAGCUGGCGGCGAAGGUGGCAGUGGUGUGCCUCCACCUCCACCUCCGGCUCCAGGAGGAGCAGAUGCACCUCCGCCUCCUCCACCUCCCCCUCCUCCUCCACCGCCUCCCCCGCCUCCUCCACCCCUCCCUGGGGAGGCGAAGCCCGAACAGCCCCCCUCUGCCAAGGCCCCUGGAGGCCCGGAGAAAGAGGACCAGACGGACCGUACUAGUCGUCUGACCACCACGGAGUCGCUGGCCGACGGAGAGGAGCCCAUCUACAGCCUGCCGGCUGACCCCGAGUCGGACUACGACCAGGACGAGAUGGAGGAGGCGCAGACAGGCAGCAACGCGGACGCGGGCAGCGCCAUCGUCAUGACUGAGGAGGAGGUGCGCAAGUCCACCUGCACCAACGCCAGCUUGGACUCCUACAAGGGCAGCUCCGACUCGUAUGCGGAGAGCGAUGACGAGCAUGAUGGCUACGUGGACACAGAUGAGGAGGUGUCCUCCAAUGGGAAGGUCCACGUGCUGAACGGCAACGGACCACCCUACUUCCACAGCUACCUCUAUAUGAAAGCGGGCCUGAUGAUCCCGUGGAGACGCCGCUGGUGCGUUCUGAAGGACGAGACGUUCAUGUGGUUCCGCUCCAAGCAGGAGUCCCUCAAGAGCGGCUGGCUCUACAAGAAGGCCCCCCUGUCCACGCUGUCCCAUAACUGGAAGAUCAUUUCUGGUUAGCUGCUUGACGACUACAAGCUCAUGUACUUCGAUAACGACAGCGAGGAGAAGCUGAAGGGGACCAUUGAUAUUCGCGCCGCCAAAGAGAUCGUGGACAACCAUGAGAAAGAGAAUGCUCUGAACAUAGUGACGGAGGAGAGGACCUACCAGGUGUUUGCAGAGUCACCUGAAGAUGCCAGUGGCUGGUUUAACGUGCUGAGCCGAGUGCAUGUUGCGACUCCUGAGCAGCUGAUGGAGAUGUCCCAUGAGCAAGCUAACCCAAAGAACGCAGUGGGGACUCUGGAUGUUGGACUGAUAGACUCUGUCUGCGCCUCAGACAAUCCUGACCGGCCCAAUUCGUUUGUGAUCAUCACGGCUAACCGCGUGAUCCACUGCAACUCUGACAUGCCUGAGGAGAUGCACCACUGGAUCAGCCUGCUGCAGAAGCCCAAAGGAGACUCAAAGAUCGACGGGCAGGAGUUCCUCGUCAGAGGCUGGCUGCAUAAGGAGAUGAAGACAGGAGCGAAGAGCACGUCUCUGAAGCUAAAGAAGCGUUGGUUUGUACUGACCAACAACUCGCUGGACUACUACAAAUCAUCCGAGCGCAACGCCUCCAAGAUGGGCACGCUGGUGCUCAACAGCCUCUGCUCCGUGGUGCAGCCGGAAGAAAGGGUCUUCAAGGAGACCGGCUACUGGAACAUCACUGUUUACGGCAGGAAACACUCCUACCGCCUCUACACCAAGAUGCUAAACGAGGCCAUGAGGUGGGCAUCAGCCAUCCAGGGGGUUAUCGACAACAAGGUGCCCAUCGAGACACCCACGCAGCAGCUCAUCAGGGACAUCAAGGAGAGCAGCGUGAACUCUGAGGCGGUGGAGCAGAUGUACAGGAGGAACCCUAUCCUCAGAUACACCCAGCACCCCCUGCACUCCCCACUACUGCCCCUGCCCUACGGGGAGGUCAACGUCAGCCUCCAAAAGGAACAGGGCUACUCCAGUCUCCAGGACGAGGCGGUGAAGAUGUUCAACUCGCUGCAGGAGAUGGAGACGGUGCCCGACCCUGUGCCAAUAAUCCAGGGCAUCCUGCAGACGUGCCAGGACCUGCGCCCGCUCCGCGACGAGGUCUACUGCCAGCUCAUCAAACAGACCAAUCACGUGCCGCACCCCAACAGCCCGGCCAAUCGUGCGCUCUGGCACCUGCUCACCUGCAUGAGCUGUACCUUCCUGCCCAGCCGUGCCAUCCUGCGCUACCUGCGCUUCCAUCUCAAAAGGAUCUCUCUGCGUUUCCCCGGGACGGAGAUUGAGAAGUAUGCCCAGUUCAUAGGGGAGUCUCUGAAGCGGACUAAGUCCAGGGAGUACGUGCCGUCUCAGGAGGAGAUCGCCGCCCUGCUGGUGAGGCAGGAGAUGACCACCACUGUGUACUGCCAUGGAGGAGGCUCAUGCAAGAUCUCCAUUAACUCCCACACCACGGCUGGAGAGGUGGUGGAGAAGCUCAUCAGAGGCUUGGCCAUGGAGGACAGCAGGAACAUGUUCUCCCUGUUUGAACACAACAAGAUUACUGACCGCGCCAUUGAGAGCCGCGUCAUUGUAGCUGAUGUCCUGGCCAAGUUCGAAAGGUUGGUAGGAAGUGAGGACGAGGAAGAGGAAGGCCCGUGGCGGCUCUACUUCAAGCUCUACUGCUUCCUGGAUGUAGAGAGCAUGCCUAAGGAGGGGGUGGAGUUUGCCUUCAUGUUUGAGCAGGCUCAUGAGAGUUCGAUCAGCGGCCACUUUCCCGCCCCCGAGGAGACCCUCCAGCACCUGGCCGCCCUGCGGCUGCAGUAUCUCCACGGCGACAUGACGCCGCGCAUCACCUGGAAUCUGAACAGCGUCUACCCGGUGUGGCGCCUGCGCACACGCAUCCUGCAGUCCACCAAGGCCGGCGCCACGGGCUCCAUCUCUGCCGGCAGUUUGGGCGGGUCCGGCUCGGGCUCUGGGUCAGGCGGCCCCGGGGACCGGUCCUCGUCGGGCUCGGUGGGCACCACGCUGGAGCGGCGCAAGAACAGCUUCCUGGACGGCACGCUGCGGCGCAGCUUCAAAACCGGCUCGCUGAAGAAGCAGCGCGUCGAGGAGGAGCAGAUGCUGGAGAUGUUCGUCAAGGAGGAGACGUCGUCCACGCGCACCAGCGUCCUGGAGAAGUGGACGCGGCUGCAGGGCCUCCCCCAGCACCAGGCAAUGAUCAAGUACAUGACCAUCAUCAAAGAGUGGCCAGGAUACGGGUCCACACUCUUUGAUGUGGAGUGUAAGGAGGGCGGCUUCCCUCAUGACCUGUGGCUGGCUGUAAGUGCUGAAAACGUGUCCGUCUACAAAAGAGGCGAGUCCAAGCCACUGGAGACCUUCCAGUAUGAGCACAUCGUUUUCUUCGGCGCACCGCAGCCCAGCACCUACAAGAUCACUGUGGACGAGAGGGAGAUGUUCUUUGAGACACCACUGGUGGGCGAGAUCACUAAAAUCAUGAAGGCCUACAUCAACAUGAUCGUGAAGAAGCGCUGCAGCGUCAUGUCCGUCUCCAGCUGUGGCAGUGCCUCCUGGAUCAGGUGAUCCACACAGACCAAUCAGUGUGCAGAAUCACAGCUCCGAGAGGACAUGGCUCAAAAAAGGGCCACCAAUCACAAGAUAGAGCUCCUUUCUCCAGGAAGAAAAAAAAGACGACAAACAAAACCAUGGAGAUGUCCACCAGCUGACCACAGCAGCGAGAGUGUGAGACACAAAAACAUGAGAGGAGACACACACACACACACACACACACACACACACACACACACUCACACACUCAUCCACAGAAACACACGGACAAACACACAUACACAAAGACCUUCUAAUACUGUCACCCUUAAUGAAACCUCUGCUUGGUGUAUCCUGCCCUUGUAUGCAGCAAACCUAUCCCAGCUAGCACACUUUUGACUUACCAAUGUCAUCACACCAAAAAGCACAGCCAACACAGCGAGUAUUUAUUCCUUCACAAAAAUCUUUACCUGGUCUUUCCCCUCACUGCCAAGGUUUUUACCAACAGACCAAACCCACAUGCUUGCUCUCACUCCACAGUCCACACCUACAUCUGUUUCAGUCUUACUUCAUAGGAAACGUUCUACCUGCAUUAGUGCACUGGAGUUCCAUAUCCACCGCAGAGACCUACUGACGAGAGACUAGAAUUGGCUAAGGACAUGAGCUUGUUUUUGAUUGAAUCUGAAUGACAGACACUGGAGUAACCGGAGAUGGAGGGGUGCUGGUGACACUUGAGUGGUCUGUCUCAGCCUGGCACUAAUACAAGCUUGCCUGUUUGUUUGGGACUUCAGAGGAUUACCUGUGAGUUGUAACUGGAGCAGCAUAUGGCGGCCAUUUUGUGAGUUCCUGACUGUCAUCAGAAAGCAAUCUUGGUCUUCGCAGCUGUGUUUUACUGAGGGCUAGUGGCCUAGUUUGACUCUGAUGUUGAAGAGUUUUUGUUAAAACUCUGGAUGAAAUGUAGAAAUAGUGUUCCAUUCAUGCUAUUAAGUAAGUAUUUUCCUCUUCACAUACAGCACAAACACAAACACAAAACUCGAGCUGAGGGUGGUCAUUGUUUUAUAUUAAUUCAGAAGUCUAUAUAGAUUUGAUAACCAUCAAGAGUCCCACUGUACAUACCGGUAUGUCCCUUAAGAGAUAUGAUACUAAAUCUCUAUAACCAUGUUUGCAAGAUAAACAAACAAACAAACAAAAAUGGUAUUUAAAAAAGUAUUAUGCAGAUGCACAUACCACUAUCAAUGCCACACACUACAGUAUGGAAGAAAGUCAAAACAGAGCAUGGAUGUACGUAAUACGGCAGCAUAGUAGGCUAUGCAUUAAGACUAUAGCCUUUCGUUUGGGCUGCUAGCACUGCAAUUAAUGGUCCAUCCAGCUGUCUCCAGAGCUGCAUUGACUAGCCUAUAAACUGAGCCAUGUGGACAGAAUAAGUCAAAUAUGAUUUCUGUCUAACUGCUAUGCUAUAUAGAGGAACCACGUAUGAUACUGAAAUACGCAAUAUGUUUAAUGCAUAUAGUUGUAACACUGGUUUUUAAAUCACGACUUGUAUGUUACAAAGAGAGGUGACACUUUUAGAGGGCGUUUUUGGAAGCAGCCAUUGUAUUCAAUGUAUUAAUUUAUAUUUACAAAACACCGUAGGUUUGGAAGAGAAAAUGUUGGAAGAGUUUUGUCAUUUCACUCCAUAUGAGAAUCUAAACUGCUGAGAAUAUGUAUAGAUUGCUACUGGGAGUUCGCCCUCUAGUGGAAGGUAGGGGUAUUACCUCUUUGGUCCAGCACUUACAACAGAAUAUGAUUUUUAAUUUAAAGUGCACUCUAGGCACAAUGGCCUACUCAUUCUCUCCACAAAAAAAUGCUUUGGGAGGAGAGAGAACAUUAAGUGAUUGUAAGGCAUUGAUAGCCAUGUCACUAUUUGUAAUAUGGAGAGUAAAGAAAUAGGAUUACCUAAUGUGUCACUUAGAUGUUUGUCUGCAUGCUUGGUCAAAAUGAGUUGUUUAAAGACUGAAUUUAAUGUAAAAAGUAUCAUUUUGACUGGAGUGCGCCCUGAGAGGCACGGUUAGACCAGAAAAGAAAAUGAUGUAAGUAUCUUCUCACCAUCAAGCCAGAAGUCAACCACACGAUUUACUUAUCAGUGUGUGCACCAUUUGAGCCAUCCAGCAAAACGUGACUAGAAAUAACUGGCCAUCAUUCACGUCUAAAGCUGAAGGCCUAUACUCUAAGAGUUAAUCAGCUCCACUAAAAUGAAGGCAGUAUGAUUUUCUAGAAUUUGUAGAUACUAACAUUUUUUUCCACUUCUGAGGUAUUGUCCCUUUCAGAUCAAAGAAGUGAGAAUGGGAUUCCUAAAUCCUAAAGCUGCAACCGAAUCUCGAUGCCUUACACAAACUGGCUGCCUCAGAUGUCCACCUGCGGGUGGGGAGGAGGUUUGUGACGCACAAACCCCCUCAAAACAGCCUCAGGCAGAGUCCACUCUUAGAACAGCAUUGGUUCUGUUUAAAACUCUCCAGUGAAAGUAUUCUGGGUUGAAUGCUUAUCAGCAUUAAAGCAGAAUUCGAUGGUUCUAAGAAGGAGCCAAGAAACGUUCUCUUUAAAGAGUGUGGUGUUUGUUUGUGUGUAUGUAUGACAUUUGAGUUAUGGGUGCAAGCCUCCACAUCCAUCUUGAGAAUCUAACUAAACAUACACUUGCAGCUUUAGCAGAAAUACCCCUCUCAACAAAACUGUCAAUGAAACAAAACACACUGGAGGAAAUACUUUGAGCCAUAUCACACAAACAGGCAGUGACAUCAUUAACCUGCGCCAUUCAUAUCACUUCCUGAUAUCACACGGAAAAAUCCAAGUAUGACUGUAAAAGUAUCUUUCCUUUUUUUCCACUUUAGUUUGUUACAUACUGUUUGGUUAUGGUUCUUUCUUUUGGAAAGUAUAGAUAUAAGUAUGCUGUAUCAAUACUGUCCUGUGUAGUUUUGCUGUUUGAUAUGCAACUAUAUUUGUCAGUGUAAUGCAAGUUUUUGUGUCUGAGGGUUAUGACCACAAUAUAUACAUAAAUAUAUAUAUUAAAAAAAAUCAACAAAACACGCAAAAAAGAAAAGGAGUACAAUAUGACAAAGGAAAUGGAAAACAAUGGUGUCAUUAAGGAACGAGUAUAUGUAUUGAGGCUCCAAUGCCACAGUGGGUUGAUGUUAAUGUGUUUAAGAGCAAUGACUGUAUGAGUGGUUGUCGGGGUUUAAAGGGUGGAAGGGUGGGUGUGGGGAUGGUGUACUUAUUUCCUUUUUGAACCACAACACAAUAAUUGGGGGGGUUGAGAGGGACUGGGAUUGAGGAGGCAGAUAGUACUGGAAACACUGCAAUGUGAUUGCAGGAUUUAUAGGAAGAGAUAGAGGGGGCAAUAGCCUGACAAUGUCAAGAAAGCAUAGAGGGAGAGAGAGAGAGUGUGUGUGAGAGAGAGAGAGCAAGAGGGAGGGAGCAGGUCUAGUGUUUCACACUUCUACACUACCUGCAUUCAUAUGCCCACUAAAGCCUGCUCCUGAGUCUGUUUUUUCUUUGUCAAGACCCCUCAUGAAAAUCAGUGUUUUAGCCAAAUCUAACUGACUCAGGAUCAGAAUUUGGAGGUGCUAUCUAUCUGCUCAACACACACACACACACACAUGUGUAUUCAUAUAUUGCAUACAUAUACAUAAACCACGGUUACGGUUAAAUACAAAUACAGACACUGACAUCCACAUCCACACAGUGCAGUUGGUUCUGUCUCUCUUACUAUAGAAUUACACUGAGGUCUGUAAGUAGCUGCAGGCAGCCUAUAGACCUGAAUGUAAUUCUUCCUAAUUGUUGUUGUUCAAUUAAUCUAUAUACAAAACAAAUGUGCUUGUGUAGGCUACAAAAGAGAGAGUGUGCGAGUGUGCGCGUUUGUGUGGAAGAGCGUCUUUUUCUUUUGUAACUGGCUUUACAAAAUGCUUAAAUAAAUUAUUGGAUUUUACUUUAA